AUGAAAGGCGUCAGCGUAUCACAAUGUCCCAUGUGUUGGGGUGAAGGGUUUCCCCCAGGUGACUCCGGGGCACAUGACAGAAUCCAGGAGUUGGAGGGGCAAGUGCAUAUGUUGACAGCGCGCGCUUCGGUUACAGCCAUCAAACUCAAGGAGUACGAACAACGCCUACGCUCCUCCCAAUCCCAACCAACAUAUGACACACCCCGUUCUUCUCUCGGAGGACGACCGACCUCCUCCCAAGAGCAACUCCAAACCCCAGUCGAGCGCCCGAGCUCCUCAGAAUCCCAACCCCAAUCACAAACCUACCACAGCCGCCUAACAACGCUGGCCUCCCUCCUACCCUACCGGCGUGGCAGCGCUACCCCCGCCAGCGCACCCGCAACUUCCAGCGGCCCCCCUCCCCUUCCAACAACCCCGACGACCCCCCUUCAGCACAUGCACACCUCCCCAGCAAGCAGCGACAACACUUCCGAACUACAAGAUGCACUGGAGCGCGAACAGAGCCUGCGCAAAGCCGCCGAGGCACAGCUUUCACAGGCCAGUUCCGAGCUGGAGGAGUUGACAGUGCAGCUGUUCAGCCAGGCGAACGAGAUGGUUGCACAGGAGCGAAAGGCGCGCGCAAAGCUCGAGGAGAGGGUUGCAGUGCUCGAGCGCAGGGAUGUCGAGAAGCGCGGGAGACUGGAGAGGUUGGAAAAGGCGAUGGCGCGGGUGGAACGGCUGAGAGCUUUGGUGAAUUAA